AUGUCAGCAGCGUCGUGUCUGGUGAGGCCUCUCUACGGUCCGACAGCAGACGACAACUACUCUCCAGACGCAUGUGUUAACUACGACGUCCUACUCCCUGAAAUAACGAAUCUGACAGAGUCCUUUAAUAAAUCCCUUGCGGAACUCGGGCUGAGUAAUGUGCGGACGGACCUGGAAGAGUUGCGUGACGUAGACGAAUGUGCCUCUGCUCCGUGUCAUAAUGGCGGAACUUGCGAAGGCGAGGUCAACGGCUACACCUGUACUUGUGCUCCUGGCUAUGCAGAAAUCGACGAAUGUGACAGUGAUCCAUGUCAAAAUGGCGGAACUUGCAAUGACGAGAUCAACGGCUACAACUGUGAUUGUGUUCCUGGUUAUGAAGGAGAUGAUUGUGAAAACGAAAUCGACGAAUGUGACAGUGAUCCAUGUCAAAAUGGUGGAACUUGCAAUGACGUGGUCAACGGCUACAACUGUGAUUGUGUUCCUGGUUAUGAAGGAGAUGAUUGUGAAAACGAAAUCGACGAAUGUGACAGUGAUCCGUGUCAGAAUGGCGGAACUUGCAAUGGCGUGGUCAACGGCUACAACUGUGAUUGUGUUCCUGGUUAUGAAGGAGAUGAUUGUGAAAACGAAAUCGACGAAUGUGACAGUGAUCCAUGUCAAAAUGGCGGAACUUGCAAUGACGUGGUCAACGGCUACAACUGUGAUUGUGUUCCUGGUUAUGAAGGAGAUGAUUGUGAAAACGAAAUCGACGAAUGUGACAGUGAUCCGUGUCAAAAUGGCGGAACUUGCAAUGACGUGGUCAACGGCUACAACUGUGAUUGUGUUCCUGGUUAUGAAGGAGAUGAUUGUGAAAACGAAAUCGACGAAUGUGACAGUGAUCCAUGUCAAAAUGGCGGAACUUGCAAUGACGUGGUCAACGGCUACAACUGUGAUUGUGUUCCUGGUUAUGAAGGAGAUGAUUGUGAAAACGAAAUCGACGAAUGUGACAGUGAUCCGUGUCAGAAUGGCGGAACUUGCAAUGACGUGGUCAACGGCUACAACUGUGAUUGUGUUCCUGGUUAUGAAGGAGAUGAUUGUGAAAACGAAAUCGACGAAUGUGACAGUGAUCCGUGUCAGAAUGGCGGAACUUGCAAUGACGUGGUCAACGGCUACAACUGUGAUUGUGUUCCUGGUUAUGAAGGAGAUGAUUGUGAAAACGAAAUCGACGAAUGUGACAGUGAUCCGUGUCAAAAUGGCGGAACUUGCAAUGACGUGGUCAACGGCUACAACUGUGAUUGUGUUCCUGGUUAUGAAGGAGAUCAUUGUGAAAACGGCAAGUUUUUUUUCCAUAAUAGCUACAUAGACGAAUGUGCCCUUGAUCCGUGUGUAAAUGGCGGAAUAUGCGAGGACGCUGUCAAUGGCUACACCUGUACUUGUGCUCCUGGCUUUGCAGGAGAUUAUUGUCAAACAGUGCUCUGCUCUGCCAGAACUGACCCACCGGAAGGCGGGGGCAACAUGUACUGUACAAAUCCAGGUCCAUCGUACCCGAUUGGCACGGUCUGCAGCCUAGAGUGUGAUAACGGCCAAGGUUACUUUCUAAACUCCGGAGACGAGAGCAGGACAUGCCAGGAAGGAGGAUCAUGGGAUGGAGACGAUCUUGUGUGCUCUGCGGAUUGCUCUGUCAGAACUGACCCACCAGGAGACGAAAGGGGGAACAUGUACUGUACUAAUUCAGGUCCGCCGUACCCGAUUGGCACGGUUUGCACCCACCAGUGCGAUAACGAGCAAGGUUUUUUCCUCAACUCUGGGGACGAGAGCAGGACAUGCCAAUUAGGAGGAACAUGGGAUGGAGAGGAUCUUGUUUGUGCUGAUACGGUCGACUGCGUUGGAGUGGAUUGUCAAAAUGGCGGAACCUGCGUCGGCGAUGUUAACGGUUACUCCUGCAAUUGUGCUCCUGGCUAUGAAGGCGAUCACUGUGAAACAGAUACGGACGACUGCGUUGGAGAGGAUUGUCAAAAUGGCGGAACCUGCGUCGACAAUGUUAACAGUUACUCCUGCAAUUGUGCUCCUGGCUAUGAAGGCGAUCACUGUGAAACAGAUACGGACGACUGCGUUGGAGUGGAUUGUCAAAAUGGUGGAACCUGCGUCGACGAUGUUAACGGUUACUCCUGCAAUUGUGCUACUGGCUAUGAAGGCGAUCACUGUGAAACAGAUACGGACGACUGCGUUGGAGUGUAUUGUCAAAAUGGCGGAACCUGCGUCGACAAUGUUAACAGUUACUCCUGCAAUUGUGCUCCUGGCUAUGAAGGCGAUCACUGUGAAACAGAUAUGGACGACUGCGUUGGAGUGGAUUGUCAAAAUGGCGGAACCUGCGUCGACGAUGUUAACGGUUACGCCUGCAAUUGUGCUCCUGGCUAUGAAGACGAUCACUGUGAGACAGAUACGGACGAAUGCGUUGGAGUGGAUUGUCAAAAUGGCGGAACCUGCGUCGACAAUAUUAACGGUUACUCCUGCAAUUGUGCUCCUGGCUAUGAAGGCGAUCACUGUGAAACAGAUACGGACGACUGCGUUGGAGUGGAUUGUCAAAAUGGCGGAACCUGCGUCGACAAUGUUAACAGUUACUCCUGCAAUUGUGCUCCUGGCUAUGAAGGCGAUCACUGUGAAACAGAUACGGACGACUGCGUUGGAGUGGAUUGUCAAAAUGGUGGAACCUGCGUCGACGAUGUUAACGGUUACUCCUGCAAUUGUGCUCCUGGCUAUGAAGGCGAUCACUGUGAAACAGACGUUGACGAAUGUGCCUCUAAUCCGUGUGCAAAUGGCGGAAUUUGUGAGGACGAGAUCAACCACUUUACAUGUACUUGUGCUCCUGGCUAUGGAGGAGAUUAUUGUGAAAGGGGUAUAGGCUUGAUUCCCUUCGGAGGAAGGAUAGGACCGAUCACUGGCGGCCUUGGAGCCAGGCGCAGAAGAAACGCUCCCAAUACUCACUGGAGUCGUGUAGGGAAUGUGGCAAACUUAGUCUAUGAUGCGGACAGUGGUGAAGAGGAGCGGCUGGUGGCUUUUGCCGCUUCAAACUUGGAAGGACUUGCUGAGGAAGAUAGUAUUCAAAGUCCUCUUCGAGACCUCACAGAAGAUGUGGAGGGGUUUCCUAACAACUACCCUGUUACCACAACCGAGGCGAUGCCGUCCCUGGUGCAGGAUUUCCACAACAUGCUCAACGGCUUCAACUGUAGCAACAACGGUCCUAACUGUAACCGGACGCGUGGACAGGACGAUGUGGUAAAAUUAGACAACCAUUGGUACAUUGUUUACAGGCCAGCAAUUGAGUACGACCCAGGAAGUAUGAAGAGAGGCAUACGCUUCAGGAUUCACAUUGUGGCCUGGCGCGGCUUUAGAAUCUUUAUUCGAUGCUUCAUAUUUUAAGAAAACAUUUUACAAAUUCACACAUUAGUGUAAAAUACAUUGAUUUUUUCAUCAGUACACUUAGUUGCAAUGUUAUGUAACAUUUUGUGUAAAUAUCGUAUCGUUAGGUAAAUAUAUAUAUA